AUGGCUAACAACAACUCACUGGUUGAUAGUGAAUUCUUAAGGCGAAAGAUCAAUUACCAGGUAAUUUUAGUUCAGAUUUUUGUAUCCCUUUUCCUGUGCAUCAACUUUUUGCUGAUCACAACCUUUUUUAUGAAGGAUUUCUUCUACACGACCAUGCGAUACAUCUUAUUUGCUAAUACAUUACUGUCUGAUUGUCUGAUCUUAAUUAUAACAAAUCUCAUGCUCAUCCUGAGCUAUUUUCGUGUCACUAUUCAGAUGCAGUUGUGUCUUAUUCUAUUCACAGUGUCCUCUCUGUGUAAUUUUGUCACACCAGUUACUCUGACAGCAAUGACACUGGAGCGCUAUGUAGCUGUUUGCAUGCCCCUGCGCCAUGGAGAGCUGUGCUCCACACGCAGAACUGUGCACUGCAUCCUCAUCAUUUACGGCCUCAGCUCUGUGCCAGUCACUGUAACUCUUUCAGUUUUAUUUGCAUCUAUCACACUGAGCUUUUACAAACAAUACAUGGUGUGUACAGUGGAGGCAUUCCUUUUAUACACUUGGCACAAACAUCUUAGGUCAGGUAUAAGUCAAUUUUACUUCUUGAUCAUGUUUAUUACUAUUGUGUCCUCCUAUAUUAAAAUAAUGAAAGUGGCCAAAGCUGCAUCAGGAGAGGAUAAAAAGUCAACAAAGAAAGGGCUCAGAACAGUGGUUCUUCAUUCUUUCCAGCUGCUCCUCUGUCUCAUCCAGCUGUGGUGCCCAUUUAUAGAAUCAGCUGUGUUUCAGAUUAAUGUUGUGUUAUUUAUCAAUAUCAGGUACUUUAAUUACAUUACUUUUUAUCUUGCUCCAAGGUGCCUCAGUCCUCUCAUUUAUGGCCUCAGGGAUGAAAAGUUUUUUCUUGCACUGAGACACUUUGCUCUCAGUGGCUUGUGCAAGAACAAAUCAUUUGACAAAUUAAAACUAUGA